AUGAUCUCCCGCACCGGUCUCUCCGCCGCCGCUCAGAGCCGCCCCGUCGCUCGAGCACUCUCGACAGUAGCUCCCGAGACCUAUUCGUUCGUCCAGUCACGUGUCGCAUAUCGCAACGAGAUCGCGAGUCUGCGGAAGGAGUUUAUUGAGGAAGAAAAACGUCGCAGGGAAAAACUUGCACGUGAUGCCGAAGCACAGCGGCAAAAGAUUAUGAAGGCCAAGGCAGCUCGUCUGGAGAUCAAACGCCAGCAACAGGCGAUUCGAGCGAAGGAGGUCGCUCGUGAGAAGGCCAUCCACGACGAGAACGUCGCGAAAUAUUUCGAAGAAAAGGUAGUCGUACGUCAGGAGCGAAAUGCCGAGGUGGAACGUCGUCGUGAGGCACUAGUAGCGUCUCUACGUCAACAGAGCACCAAGUGGACGGACCAAGACAACUAUACGGAAAAACUCAAGGAGGAUGUCUUCAUCUACUCUCCGCAGCAGAUCUCCACGCGCGGUUCAUUUGAUCCGUCGAGCGCGUCGGGCAGUGCUGUAUCGUGGCUAGAGAAGCUGCAGCGUAUGAAGCCUGCUGGCAUGCAGACCAGCCACGAUGAAGCUGCGGCAUCGGCUGUUGCAUCGGCAGCUGACGGACUGGAUAUCUUUUCCGCUUCCAGCCAUGUUGUCAAUGAAGAGGAUGUCGUCGAUGCAUCACCAUCAAAGAAGGACAACGAGUAA